AUGUGCCUAAGCGAUGCGGUGCUGGAUCUGGCCCUCGGCUACCUGGAUUCGGACAGUCUCGUUGCUUGCCAGGCCACCUGUCGUGCCGUCGGUAAUGCAGCUCAGAGCGACGAUCUCUGGCGGAGCAAGUGCCUUGAGGACUGGGGCGAAGAGCGCCGCGUGCGCCCAGAGCAGAGAUCUGAGCUGGUAUCCACCUUCCUGGAGUCUUGGCGUGCUUGGCGCAGAGCGUUCAACAGCUACCACCCUGCUGACGUGAAACGAGUGGCCAUGUGGUGGGCAGGAGUGGAGGCAUGGAUGUCCCGGAACCUCCCUGAGGUUUUAGGGACCUUGAAUGCCGGUGUAUCUGAGCAGGAGCUCGACACCGCGGAAGAGGCGCUAGGCUGGCCUCUCCCGACCCACCUCAGACUGCUGUAUCGCUUCCACAACGGCCAGUGGCUGCCCUGGGACGAGAAGCUGAUCAUACCCGUGGGUGUGGACGAAGGCCGGCCUGAGGUUCUCCCUAAGGUCGUCGGCAGCGGCAUGUCUCUCGGGCUCUUGGGUGGCUACUGUUUCUACCAACGCAUGACCACCUCAAAGCUCUUCUCCCUACAGAGGGGCGUGGUCGGCGGCCUCGUCACUGACGCUUCGUUCGAUGGAGACAAUCGUGGAUACUUCGAAGCAUGCGCGAACCGCUGGGGAACCGACCUGGACACGAUCCGCGCGAGGGGAGGGUUUCUGCUGGCGGCAGGGCCCCAAAUGAUGAAGAGGACGUGGGUCGGCAAGGACGGCAAUGUCCGCUUCGACGGGAAGAGUGGCUCACUCAUGGGAGUGUUUGACGCGGCCCCUGUGGUGCCCCCCUCUCCUAAUCCCGAUGGUGCUCCCGGUAGCGGUGCCGGCAAUGUAAAGCGCCGCCAUAGAGGGGGGAAUCUGAUGACCUGGCUCGAGGAGUAUUUAAGGCGCCUGCAGUGCGGCCACUACAUGGUGCGGUCGAAAUGGCGCGAGUCUAUCCGACGGGCGGGCGAAGCGGUACCAAGGUCGCACCUGUUACGCGGUGUGUGGCUGUUCCCUGCGGAAGGAGGCGAUGGCUGCGUCACGGAUGUAACCCAGGGGGUGGAGGUUCAAGUUUCCCCGGCUCUCGCGCCGGAGGAGUGUGCAGAUCGGUCGGAUCUGGUGUGGGCGUAUUCUGUGCGGAUGCAGCUGUUGCGGGAUCACCCUUCCCGACCACCGGCCAUGUCCUCAUGCCAGCUUUCCACGCGGCACUGGGAGAUCGACGGACCUGAUGGCUUCCAUAGGGAAGUCUCCGGGGAUGGCGUGAUCGGGAUGCAUCCUACCCUGCGGGUAGCAGCUCCUUCCGCCGGGGAUGUUCGGGGCGAGGAAAAUGCCGGAUUUUUCGAGUAUCAAAGUAUCACCACUUUGGAAAGGACUCCAGCAGAUCACCCUUCUCCCGCAGGCACCAUGGGAGGCCACUUUAGCUUCACGCCGCGCGACCUCAAUUCGCCGAGAGGAGCUCAGUUCAACGCCCGCGUGCCCACGUUUCACUUGGUGGAGCCCACGUUCUUGUAUUAGGUUGUCGGCGCAAUUGUCGAAGAUGCCGUUUCCUGGUGAACGCAUUUCCUAAGAGCCGACGGGGUGUACAUUGCACAUUCUCACCGAAUACGGUGGAUGUCCAGAGUACGGGCCUCUAGCACUGGCUCUGCCUGUUGUUUGUGUCCAAAGCUCAUGCUGUGGCGAAACCGGUUGCUCAUCGAGUCUUCGCCCUGCUUACCAUACAUCAGGAAUAUGUACACAGUGUGGUCAUUUUAGUUAUCUUUGCUUGUAUUGCGAGGAAGGCAACAUAACUUUUUUGGUGUGUGUUUUCAAUUGCCUUUUGUAGCAAGACGUGCAGGAUGUGAUGUGAUUCUGGACCAAGAGAGCGGUUAAAGUACGUUGUUCGUCUGUGUGUUCCCCUGCACCAAGGUUGCGUUUUUCAAGGUGCUGGUGGGCGCCGGCGUUUGGGCGAAGCCCAUGGUUUUCGUUUUUUUUUGCAACCGAGGAUACGUCCUACUAACAGCUUCUUUCCAACUCUUGGAGAGUAGACGGGCGGGGUGGGAUUCGGGAAGAUCGGAACAAUCAGGCCAUCUAACAUCGGGGGCGCUUGGU